AUGCAUCGUAUUCUGACUGCUUGCACAGCUGUAAGGACACUUGUGGACUCACAAGCAGGCGAUGACGCCUCUAUUCUCGACUCAAACGCCCUGGUCCUCUACUUCCCUGGCCCGAACACGGUCACGGGAGAAGACGUGCUCGAGUUCCACGUGCACGGCGGCUCCGCAACCGUCAAAGCCGUUCUCGCAGCAAUCCCCAAGUGCAAAUCAGACGGCAGGAUCCGCUACGCCGAGCCUGGCGAGUUCACCAAGCGCGCGUUCCUCAACGACAGGCUGGACCUCGCGCAGGUCGAGUCCCUCGGCGACACCCUGUCCGCCGACACCGAGCAGCAGCGGCGGGCCGCCGUCCGCGGAAACUCCGGCGUCCUGGGGCGCACGUACGACGCCUGGCGCGAGCAGCUCCUGCUCGCGCGCGGCGAGCUCGAGGCGCUCAUCGACUUCGCGGAGGACCAGCACUUCGACGAGUCCCCCGCGGAUCUGAUGAGCAACGUGAACGCCUUGAUGACCGACAUGCGGCAGAGCAUACUGCGUCACGAAGCGGCUAGCCAGCGCAGCGAGCUGUUGAGGAACGGCAUCCGCAUCGCGCUCCUGGGCCCGCCCAACGUCGGCAAGAGCUCGCUGAUGAACCUCAUCGUGGGACGGGAGGCGUCGAUCGUGUCGAAGGAGGCCGGCACGACGCGAGAUAUCGUGGAAGUCAGCCUCGACAUCAGGGGUUACCUGUGUUCUUUUGCGGACACGGCUGGCAUCAGGACGAAAACUUUGCACAGCGUUGCGGCCGAUUCCAACGAGCCUGCGCUGGGCAAGAUUGAGGAGGAGGGUAUCCGCCGCGCGAAGCAAAAGGCUGCGGAGUCGGACAUCAUUAUCGUUUUGGCGGCCGUCGAGCCCAGACGUGAAGGGGGCUUCAGGAUAAACUACGAUGCGGAAACGUUGAAGCUUGCCUCCGACGCUCAAGCAUGUCUCGUUGUCGUAAACAAGCGGGAUGCAGUAGACUCACCCACGUUCGCCAAACUUGUCACGCAAUUUCGGAGCGAGAUCGACGCCCAUGUGCCUGAAUUAAGUAAAGUCGAGCUGAUUACGAUCUCGUGCCGAGAAGCUCAGUCGCAACACUCAAUUCAAAAGGACCCAGGCGCUAUCAAUGGGCUUACGGACCAGCUCGUAGAGUCGUUCGCUAGCAUGACGUCUCUGCCAUCGGACCAGCAGGACCUGUUGGGCGUGACAGCCAGACAGGCGCAGCUAUUGGGGCAGUGCCGCGGGCUUUUGGACGAGUUCAUGGCGGUUGCGCUGCCCGAGCAUGAGGGCGAGGAGCCGGACAUUGUGCUGGCUGCGGAGUAUCUCCGAUAUGCGGCCGAUUGCCUAGCAAGAAUCACCGGCCGGAUCGAGGCGGGCGAUGUCGAAGAGGUGCUUGGGGUUGUAUUUGAAAAGUAA